CCAUUCCUCGAUCGCAGCUCUCAGCCCAAGAAACCUGAAGUCCUAAAGCUUGGCCGGAUCACCAACCCGUAAACAGCACGGCUCGUGCUACCAUGGCUCGGGGGUCGUCGGCGCUCGGCCUGCAGGGGGUCGCCAUGGCGGUGGCUGCGCUGCUCGUUCUCGUCGCGGCGCCGCCGCGGUGCGCCGCGCAGGCGGCGACGUCGGGGUGCACGGUGUCGAUCCUGAGCCUGGCGCCGUGCCUCUCCUUCACGGCGGGGAACACGUCGUCGCCGGGCGCCUCCUGCUGCUCGGCGCUUGCCGGCGUCGUGCGGGCCGCGCCGCGGUGCCUCUGCGCGGUGCUCGGCGGCGGCGCCGCCGCGUCGUUCGGGGUCACCGUCAACGCCACGCGGGCGCUCGAGCUGCCCGGCAAGUGCAAGGUCCAGACCCCGCCUGUCAGCCAGUGCAACGCUGUGGGUGCUCCGGCGGCGUCUCCUCCGACGGCGGCGACGCCGGACGCUGGCUCCGCAUCUCCCUCCGCGCCGGCGGCCACCGCCGAGGCUCCCACCGCGCCGCCGCCAGUUUACAGCACCACAGGAGCUGGAUCGAAGGCGACUCCGGCGACUGGAGCGGUCUUGUCGCACGCCGGCGUAGCUAAAUCCGCGGCGAUCUCCGUGUCUUUCGUCGUCGCAAUCGCGUCCAUGAUGGCUUUCUGAGUUCAGUAUAACGUAGUGUCUUUGAUUGGUUCAUGUUUUGCUUCACUGCACACUCUGUAUCUGAAUUUCUUAAGAGUCAAUGGACUGUAUGUUUUGCGUCUGUACAAACAGUAUGGUAGAUGAAUUCGAAGUAUGCAUCAAUUGCUUGACCAUUCUUGUUUCUUGUGUGUGUAUAAUUAUAUAUGAAGACACCGUUAAUUCA